AUGGAUAAUUCUUCUAUCAGGACAUCUGGAUUGGUUCAUAGACCUAUUGUUUUAUUUUUUUUAAAUAGGCUAAGUGAAUUUAUUUUGGUGGGGGAAUAAGAUUUGAAUGAAUCUCCCUUAUAUUUUAUUGUGCUGGUUCUUUUUUAGGAUGGUUGGUGUUAAAUAAUUCAGUAAAUAGAGCGUAUUUUGAGUUUGCAAAGGUUUGCUGGUAUUGAUAUAUAAUAAAUUAAUUUUUAUUCGUUUUUAUUAAUGGGUUGGUUAGGAUCGCUAGUAGUGAUAAUUUUAAUCUGUAUAGUGGGGAUAGUUUGGUACUUUGUGCAUUUGAUAGCAUAAGUAAGAAAUGAUAGCAUUAUUAAUAGGGAUUUACAGUGCAAUAUAAAGAUGAAUAAGACUUUGUGAGUGAUCAACUUAGAGGACUCUUAGGAGUGGAUGAUAUUUAGCCUAGUUCUUACAGGCCAACAGUAGAACCAUAAUAUUUAUCAGGAAUUGUGGAUUUAAUAGAAACAUCAAUAGGUGGAUUGUGGCUUGCACAAUUUUUAUAUAUGAUUCUACUCUUAUUUCUAUUUUUUUUGGUUGUGGAUAUUUGGUUUAUCGACUAUCCAUUCUCAUUUAUGUUCAAUGCAAUUUUAGGCGCUAUGACUGUGAUGUUAUUUGCAUAUUAUGUGACUUCGACAAAUAGUAAAUCGUUGACAAGAGCUUUGAUAUAAGUAUAAAUAUGUAGCAAAUAUAAAGUCACAAUUUUCGAAGGAGGAGAGCUUCGGGUACAUGUACUAAAGCGGGUUUGCAAUAGUGAGUCUAUUGUUUAGUUUACUAUUUGGCAUGUACGUCCUAAUGUAUUACUUCAAUGUGGCUGUUUGGGGUGGAGACAUGAAGAAAGAAGAAUAUGAGAAGGUAUCAAUAUUGAUGAUUGGAUUCUUGAUGGGAAUGAUACUGGGAGGAUUCAUUUAUAGAGAAGGUAUAUCUAUGAUGUGCAGAUCAAUGAAGACUGCUUCAUUCGGUUUGAUAAGAGCUGACUUAAAUUUGAGUGUUGGCAACAACAAUAUCUCACAAUUGACUAGAUUAGCAUACAUGGUAUCUUAAUAAGCAGGAAAUGCAAUUGUGAACUUCUUAGACACAGGGUUUGUCCUGGUUUUCUUGUGUUGUGCUGUUUCAUAAAUCGUAAUCAAUAGUCCUGAAGUAUUGGAUAGCAAAAACAGAAGUGCUUUUAUUUUGGGACCAAUCUAUUUGGUCUGUAUUGGAUAUUUGGGAUCCAUUGUAUGUUAUUUUUUAAAAACAAUGUGUGCAGACCAGGAGACUGGGUCAUUUGCUGCACUCAAUGUGAGAUGGUAAGUCAUUAUAGCUGCUUUGAUUUCAUUCAUAAUUCAUGUUUCAUUCCCUUUUUCAUUUCUUAUCGAUGAGUUUACACUCAAAGGGGAAAACACAAAGGAUAUUGAUUUUGAAGGUAAAUCAAAUAUGCAUGCGUGUUGGUGUUAUUUGUUAGGAUUGAUAUUUAAUGUCCUUCAUAUCAGUUUGUUUGAAUGGUAUACAUCUCAUGGCUGCCCUAAUGUCAGAAAUAUGGUAAAUUAUUAUGAUCAAAUAGGGAUUAGCAACAAGUGAUCGUAUAUUGCCAAUGAAUUUGAUCUACUCAAAUUAUUUGGGAGAUUUAUUUUCUGCUAUUCCAACUGUCUUGAUGUUCCUAUUGAUAUCAAUAGUCUAUUCAAUAGAAGGAUUUGCUGGAAUGCUAUUUGCAGCUUCUGGUUACAUCUCUUUAUUUAUCAUCUACGGAGUCAUAUUCUUCAUUGGUUGCAAUUCCUCCGAUUCUUAUAAAUUAACAUGUUUUGCUCACUUCAUAUCAGAUGUGUAGGGCAAAAUCUUUUAGAUCUAUUGGGAGGCCAAGAAUUACAUGGUUUUCCUUAAAGCCACUAAUGCAGGUACAGCAUUCCUUGUAUGCAUUGGAAUUAUUGGUGCUCAACUCUAUUAAUAUCCAACUGCCUUGAAUUCAUUGUUUGUAAAGAAUGAAGGAUUUUUGGGAUUGUUCAUAGGUUUCAGUAUAAUGUUUGUGUGUAGAGGCAUCAACAUUUGGGGAAUUAUUAAUGUUGCAAAAAGCUAUGUAAUUGAUAAAUUUAUAAAUAGUUUAUUUUCUAACCAUCUGAGGAGGCAGAAGGAAAACUCAAUUAUUUGAAAGAUAUAAGAAUUAUUGAAUUCACUAAGUUCAAGUACACUCACAGUAUGUUGUAUGUUGCAUAUAAUGUUUUGUUCGUCACAAUAAUGAUAUUGAUGUUUGGAUCGAUUCUGGGACAUGCUGGAAGUGUGGCCAUGAUGAUCGGGGCUUGCAUUGCCACAUUCCUGAUUCAAUAUACUGGACUGAUCAAGGGCACGACUCUGGAAAACUCAAGGGUGUACAAUGAAAGUAUGAGAUUCAAUUGAGUUUGUAGUUCAGGAUAAUAGAAAGGAUCAUCACUAUUUGAUGUAUGUUUCUGGAGACACUUAUGCUUGUGCCACUGAGGAGAGUAACGCUUGUCCCUUGAUUCCGUACCUGAUUUACAGUUUCUGUUUACUAAUUUCAUGCCAAAAACAUUUCGCAAAAGCAGAGAAAUGAAAUGAUAUAUUUGAAAAUACAUCAAUAUA